AAAAGAACGAAAAACAUGCACGCCGAACACCUUUCGAUUCUUCCUCACUCCGCGCGGUUGAAAACAAACCCCAGACUGCCAGUCUGCCAGACAGACAGACAGACACCCCCGCAUAGUUUCCGUCGGUCGGGUGACGUACCCUGUGAGCUCGUGCAGUGACGUUGCCUGGCUGUAGUGGUGCUUCUAGCUGCAUCUUGUUGACACAGGUCGACCAGCCCCUCAGUACGGAGAAGACUCGGACGAGUGUGGACGGGAGACCGCGUUCAGGAAGCAGAGUAAAUACACCGAAUCGUUGGAUCGUCAUGUAUGUGUCUGAAUACCAGGAGAUUUGUAUAAUUUAAAAAAAGAUCAGGAGAGAACUCAAAAGGGAUUACGAGAACCGGGCUAACUCGAAAGAAAGAACAAUAAACCCAACAUAGACAUGGCCAGUACCCAAACCAGUUUGAAAACCCCUUUCAAAGACUUGACCUCCUUUAAGGGCAACAUGAAACGUCUGUACCGGGAGCGUCUGGAAGACGCGCCCAUCAAGAAGCGGGUAAUUGCGGAGAUCAACCUCAAGCGCCGGAGCUUGGAGGCCCUUCCCAGGACCCCUAAGGUGAAGCGUGAGCAGCCAGAGGACUUGGAAAUUGACGCAGAGGGUCGGGGCGAGCUGCACUGCUCCGGCUCAGCCAAAGCUCUGGAUCUGAGCCCGGGGCUCAAGCACACACUGGCCCAGUUCACCCUCAGCAGCCAGAGCUCCCUUGGGGGCCCGGCCGCCUUCUCGGCCCGCACCGGUCCAGAGCCCUCCCCCAACGGCAUGCCCCCGCUGCCGUCCCCUCCCGUGCUAGGAGGGGGCCCUCUGCUGGUUCCCUGCGACAGCUCCACGGAGCUCACCCACUCCCUGCUGGAGGGAGAGUCCAUCUCCUGCUUUGCCGUGGGCGGGGAGAAGCGGCUGUGUCUGCCCCAGGUGCUCAACUCGGUGCUGCGCGACUUCUCGCUGCAGCAGAUCAACGCCGUGUGCGACGAGCUGUACGUCUACUGUUCCCGCUGCGACGGAGAGCAGCUGCACAUCCUCAAGGUGCUGGGCAUCCUGCCCUUCAACGCGCCGUCCUGCGGCCUCAUCACCCUGACGGACGCGCAGCGGCUGUGCAACGCCCUGCUCCGCCCGGGCGCCGCCCUCCCCAACGACCCCGCCGCCAAGCUGCCGGCGCCGGGCCUACUGGCGGAGAGCGAGGCCAGCUUCCAGGUGGAGCACCAGUGCCUGGGGAAGUGCCAGGGCCUGUUUGUGCCCCAGUUCUACACACAGCCAGAGGCGCCGUGCGUCCAGUGCGUGGAGUGCCAGUUGCUCUUUUCGCCGCAGAAGUUCGUCAUGCACUCCCACAAGUCCCCCGACAAGAGGACCUGCCACUGGGGCUUUGACUCGGCCAAGUGGCCCUGCUACCUGCAGCUGGCCCGGAAGUACGAGGGCACGCCGGAGGAGACGCGGCUGAAGGAGCUGCUGGACGAGGUCAAGGAGAAGUUCCACUACCAGCUGAAGAGGUCGCUAGACAAAAAGGCCAUGGACCAGGAGGAAGAGGAGGAGAGCCAGGCGAGGAGGCCUCCCGCUGGGGGCAAGCUGUCCGAGGCAGACCCCUCCAGGAAGGGUAAAGCAGCCAUGCCUAGCAUGGUUUUCAACCGUCUUUUCCCCGAAAUCAAAGAGGAGCCUGGACACCCUACCAUGGUCCACCCAAGUUACUACCUGUACACGUACGAUAAGAUGGUCGCGCCCAAUGUGUCUUUGCAAAGGGAGGCGGAGCUGAGCGCCGAGAUGCUGGGAACGCUCCUGAAACAGCACUACAGUCGCCGAGGGCCCGCCCACGAUGAGCCCCCCAUGGACCUUCACGCCUCCCCUCCCGAUGCAGAGGAGGCCAAAUCGCAGCACCCAGCAGCGGAGCGGGAGCGCCUGGCCCAGGCAGUUUCCAUGGAGACCGGCAGCCUCGCUCGCAAGAAAGCCGCCCACACCCCCACCCACUGCUCUCCCUGCUCCCCUCCUCCCCCUCCUUCCCCGCAGCCCUCCAACCCCCUCGCUCUGUCGUCGUCGACGGCGACCGCCGCCGUCUUGACGUCGUCGUCGCCGCCGCCGCCACCGGCGACGGAGGCGUCGGCGAAGGACGGGGCGUCGGCGGUGGUGGAGGACGACAAGGACCGCAUCGUGGUGGAGAUCAUGCAGAUGUACAGCAGGCAGCAGGAGAAACUGCACUCCACGCUGCACAAGCAGUUCCAGCUAGAGAUGGAGCUGGAGGCGGUGCGCGGCGGCGAGGCGGCCCGGCUGCGGGAGCUGAGCGCCGAGCAGCGGGAGCUCCGCAGCGAGCUGGAGGCGGUGCACAGCGAGCAGGCCCGCCGGCUGGCCCGCGCCCACCACGAGCAGCAGGAGCUGGAGGCCCGGCUGGAGCUGCUGCGCCAGCAGGCCUGCGCCUGCGAACCAGGCCCCCAGCACCAGCAGGAGGCGCACUACGCCGCCCAGCUGUCGGAGCUGCGGCAGCGGCUGGAGCAGGCGGAGGCGGAGCGGCAGGAGCUGCAGGAGGAGCUGCGUCAGGAGCGGGAGGCGCGGGAGAACCUGGAGCGCAUGAUCGUCCAGCUCAAGCAGCAGAUGGGGCACGUGCCCCCCACCUCCGGCCCCAGCCCCUCGCCCCCGCCCACCCCCUCCACGGGGCCCCCACACGCCCACUCCCCGCCGCCCUCCUCCUCCACCCCCCCCAUCUCCUCCUCCUCCUCGAGCGCAGAGGCCCCCGAAGUCGGCCCGGAGUAGUUGCCAUACCCACCCACCCCUAAGCCCCCCACCCUAACUUUACACCACCUCCACCACCUCCUCCUCUUCUUCCCCCGACCCCCCCACAAACAUGUUGCCCUGACACAGAAAGAGGGGUCCCCCCACAACCCCCCCUGGGGCCUUUGGUCUCUUUGUGUUGUUUUUAGUUUGACCCUAACGUUUGUUUCCCCCUCUCCCUACCGGAGAUGGUUUGACUUUACAUUUUUUAUUUAAGCCUCCACUUAAACCCUUAUUUUCCGAAUCCCCCCCCCCCCCCCCCCCCACGCUUUUCCCAAACGGUAUUUAAAUAUAUAAUUUUUUCCGGGAUGUACGUUUUUGUUUUUUUAAUUUAUAUUUUUUACUGAAUGGAGGAAAACGAGAAACACUGCUGCUUUACACGACGAGGAGGUUGGGUCAGUUUCAGACCAGCUCACCCCCCCCCGUCCCACGUCCCCCGUCCCCCCCGUCCGACCGUCCCCCCCCCCGCUGCCCUCACACCUCCUCCUCUGGACCCCUGGAGCCCCACUCCACCGUAGAGACGGAGAACUCAAACGGGUGGACGACACGGACGUACACCGACGGGUCUCCAGUCCCUCCUGAACCUCAUUUCAUAGUACUACCUGGCACAGGGGCCGGAGAGCCACGGAGGACCCCGUGACGCCGGCGGGCCCCGUGCCCUGACUCUCUGUACAUAACGGGCCGCCGAAGGCCCCCCCCCCCCCCCCCCCCAAGAGUACCAGCGGAUGCAGUAAACUGCAUGGACCCUUUUAACGAUGUGCAGUUCUAUCAUUUCUUUUUUUCCCGCAUUUUAUUUUCCUUUAUACAAUGCAAAGAAAGAAACAUGAGUUCUAGAUGUGUAUUACGACAAAGUAAAAAAAAAAAAAAGAACAUCAAAGCUUAUAUAGUGGGGCUGGGGUGAUGGGGAGGGGGUGGGACAAAAACAUUUAUUGUAUAAAAUAGAAAAUCAACCUUACAGAUAUUAUGAAAACCUCAUGAAAAUAUGCCGACAGUGUGGACCUUGUGGAGCGAGUGAGUUUUUAAAAGUGCAAGUGAAUUUGACGUAGCUACUGGCCGGUCCCCUGGUUUGGAUCACUGUCUAGUUCAGACUAGCCAUCUCUCUCUCCCUCCCUCUCUCUCUCUCUCUCUCUCCUCCUCCCUCUCCCGGUCUGAGUGCUGGGCAGCGCCAUGGCCCCCGCCGUAGACCAAACAGUCCGUCUGGCCUCCCCACUUCAUCACCUCCUGUUUCCCCUCCACCCCCCGCCUCCCAGAGUCUCUCUCCCAGACCUCUCACCGUGCGCGGGGGGGGGGGGGGGGGGUCUUGUGUGUAGGUGAGACGACCGUUGGGCCCCCCCACCCCCCACCCCGGUCCUCUCUCGCCUUGGCGGUGAUCCACCAGACAGUUAUCACUGUGCCCCUGUUUUGUCAGGGAUCACUCUUUUUUUUCUUUCUCUCCCAAACACACACACACACACACACACACACACACACACACACACACACACACACACACACACACACACACACACACACACACACACACACACACACACACACACACACCACUUCCCCCUGCUUCCGCCCCUGACCAAUAAAAGAACUAACAAUUGAACGUGCACUCGACCGCAACAAAAAAAACGUCAAAAAAGUAAUUUCAAUGUGUAAAAACUAAUUGAAAAUAAUAUUACUGGAUAGAACCCCCCCCCCCCCCCCCAAAAGUGAUGGAAAAAAAGCGAGCCGUAAUCUUGUUUGGAAUGCCUGCGAUAUUCGGCGGGAGGGGAAGGGAGGAGGGUUUGGGUUGGGUACGUGUCUCCCCACAUAACAAUAUACUUACACACACAUGCAAGUGUGUAAUUGCAAUCCCUGCAUUCAGAGCUCACAAAGGGGGCCGGCGUUCCCAUAAGCUGAUCAAAGCUUCAGGGUCGGUCAAUGCAGGGUUUUUUACCCCCUUUUUUUUUUUCCAUCUCCGCGUGGGGUAUUAUUGGGCAGUUGUUAGCGGGUGGCGUUUGUCUGAGCGUCGUCUCGCUGGGGGUAUGCGCUUCCCAGGUGAAAAACAGUUGCGCUGUCCCUCCCGGCCCUCGAGUUAUAGCAGGGGCGGGGGGGGGGCGCAUACUGCCUGCCGUUAUCCCGCCUGACUGAACAAACUGUAACGGCGAGCGGAAGAGAG